AUGCCCACAGGAUUUUACAGAUUGAAAAGUGCUGCACGCCCAGCACAAUAUCUCAGCCUCGUCGAUGGCAAAGUCGUUGGACACUCCGAUGAACCCGGAGUUAUGAAUAAAUGGUUUGUGACGUUUGACGAGAGAGACUGGGGAGUCUUCCAACCGGUUCGCAACGGAGAAGUAUCUCCUGAAUACAUUUACUUCGACGAGAGUGGAUCUUUAAAGAUGGCUGGCAACGGAAUGUUGUUCCCCGUCCUAGAACGCACCGGGCCAUCGUCUGAGUCACGCCUCUUCUCUAUUGUGAUUGACGGCACCGAUCUGGUUUGGGCACUGUUGACAUGGGACAAGAACACACCUGUCGUGACCCAGACCAACGACGGCUCCACUCAGCAGUUGUGGGUGUUUGAGAAAUUCACGGUGUAG